AUGGCCUCCCUUCAACAUGUGCGUGAUAUGCUGGCGAAGCUGGUUGGCUUCGAAACGGUAAGUGCGCGCACGAACCUGCCGCUGAUCGAGUACGUGCAAGGGUACCUUGCGGCGUGCGGCGUGAAGCACGUGACGGUGAUGCGGUCGGCGGACGGGAUCCACGCAAACCUGUUGGCGACGCUGCCAAGCGCGGAUGGCAGCGUGGAAGGCGGGCUGAUCCUGAGCGGGCAUACCGAUGUUGUGCCAGUGGACGGGCAGAAGUGGGCAAGUGACCCGUUCGUGCUGACGGAGCGCGAUGGCAACCUUUACGGGCGCGGGUCGUGCGACAUGAAGGCGUUCAUUGCGGUGUGCCUUGCACUUGUGCCGGAGUGGGUGCAUGCGCCGCCGCGGAAGCCUGUGCAAAUUGCGCUGACGUACGACGAGGAGACGACGUUCGACGGCGUGCGACAGCUGAUGCGCGAGCGGGGAAGCGAUCUGAAGAAGUGCGAGGGCUGCAUCGUUGGCGAGCCGACAAUGCUGGACCUCGUAGUUGCGCACAAGGGCAUCUUCUACAGCUACAUCACCUUCAAAGGCAAGGCUGCGCACUCUUCGCUGCAGACCGCCGGGUACAACGCCAUCGAGCCUGCGAUGCGCGUGUUGCAGAAGCUUUUCGAGAUGCGUGAUCGCUUCGCCCGCCAGGGCCCCUUCGAGGAGGGCUUCAACAUCACCCACACGACCCUCUGUCCGGCUCUCACGACCGGCGGCAACGCCAUGAAUACCAUCCCUGCAGAGUGCUCGCUGGGCUUCGAGUUCCGCAACGUGCCAUCUCACCCUGCAUCUGUUAUUAAGGAGGAGGUCUGGGACUUCAUCGGCGCGGAGACGGAGCGCGUGAAGCUGGCGUGCCCGGAGGGAGGCAUGGAGGUGGUGAAGCGCGGCGAAGUCGCGCCCUUUGGCGGGAAUAAGGAUGCGUCGGUCGUGAAGGCCCUCCUGGCUGCCAACCCUGAGCGUCCGAUGGUGACGAAGGUAUCUUUCUGCACAGAGGCGGGCGAGUACCAGGCCGCUGGCAUCAACUCCGUUGUGUGCGGCCCCGGCAACAUUGAACAGGCACACAAGGCGAACGAGUUUGUGUCGCUGGAGCAGCUGGACAAGGGCCUGUUGGUCAUGCGGCGCGUGGUGCAGCUGAUGUGCGGCGGGAGCGAGGCGAGCCAGCUGUGA